CACAGGCUUCAACCCCAUUCCGAUUGACCCCACGUCAGUCAACUCGCCGGCCAUGCUACAUUACACCAUGCCACAGACUUCUCCGCCGAUGUCGCCGCUGAGUGCUCCUGCCACGCCCCGCACCCCUGGCGCCGGCGCGUCCACCGAGGCGCCGCAGCAGCCGGCCUCGCCACGCACGCCCCGGCCCGCGAUCACGCUGACCGCGCCACCGUCCAACAAGAGGAGGCGCCGCGGGGCAGCGCGCUCCUCCCUUCGCGCCGUGCGUGCGCUGUUCCGAUCCCUCCCGAUCCUCGCCCCGGCGUGCCGGUUCCCCGGUGUCAUCCCGCGCCACGGCGGCGGAGGAGGCGGUGGCGCGUCGCGGGGGCACGACGGCCAUGUCAGCGGUGCGUCGCGCACGACGGGGACGCUGUUCGGGCACCGCAGGGCGCGGGUGACGCUGGCGGUGCAGGAGACGCCUGGGAGCGUGCCCAUCCUGCUGCUGGAGCUCGCCAUGCAGACGGGGAGGUUCAUGCAGGAGAUGGGCGCCGAACACCUGCGCGUGGCGCUCGAGUGCGAGAAGAAGCCGCCGGGCGGUGGCGCAGGCAUCGGACGCACGAGCCUGCUAGACGAGCCGCUGUGGACGGCGUACGUGAACGGGCGCAAGAUCGGGUACGCCGUGCGCCGGGAGCCCACGGAGGACGACCUCACGGUCAUGCAGAUCCUGCGCACAGUGUCGGCCGGCGCCGGCGUGCUGCCGGCCGACGUCGUGGGCGGUGGCGGCGCCCCCGAGGGGCAGGAGGCCUUCGACCUCGCGUACAUGCGCGCGUACUUCGACCGCGUGGUGGGGUCCCGGGACUCGGAGUCGUUCUACAUGCUUAACCCUGACGGCAACAAUGGGCCGGAGCUUAGCAUCUUCUUCAUCAGGAUAUGAAAAAUUGCGACACUUCCUUUUAAAAUUUGGAUUUCGUGUGACUGAGAUUAGCGAGUAAAACAUAGUUUUAAGCUGUAAGCAGGUACUUUGCUCUACGGGUAGC